UGCGGCGCGGUCUUCGGACACACGCGGCUCUGCCCGGUGCUGGCUAUGGCCGACUACCUGAUUAGCGGGGGCACGUCCUACGUGCCAGACGACGGGCUUACGGCACAGCAGCUGUUCAACUGCGGGGACGGCCUCACCUACAAUGACUUUCUCAUUCUCCCUGGGUACAUCGACUUCACUGCAGACCAGGUGGACCUGACUUCUGCUCUGACCAAAAAGAUUACUCUGAAGACCCCACUGGUUUCCUCACCCAUGGACACAGUCACAGAGGCUGGCAUGGCCAUAGCAAUGGCGCUUACAGGUGGUAUUGGUUUCAUCCACCACAACUGUACACCGGAGUUCCAAGCCAACGAAGUUCGGAAAGUGAAGAAAUAUGAGCAGGGAUUCAUCACAGACCCUGUGGUCCUCAGCCCCAAGGAUCGAGUGCGGGAUGUGUUUGAAGCCAAAGCCCGGCAUGGUUUCUGUGGUAUCCCGAUCACUGACACAGGACGGAUGGGAAGCCGCCUGGUUGGCAUCAUUUCCUCAAGGGAUAUUGAUUUUCUCAAGGAGGAGGAGCACGACCGGUUUUUGGAAGAGAUCAUGACGAAGAGGGAAGACUUGGUGGUAGCUCCUGCAGGCAUCACAUUGAAAGAAGCAAAUGAAAUUUUGCAGCGCAGCAAGAAAGGAAAGUUACCCAUUGUAAAUGAAGAUGAUGAACUGGUAGCCAUCAUUGCCCGGACAGACCUGAAGAAGAACCGGGAUUACCCACUGGCCUCCAAAGAUGCCAAGAAGCAGCUGCUCUGUGGAGCAGCCAUUGGCACUCAUGAAGAUGACAAGUAUCGGCUGGACUUGCUAGCCCAGGCUGGUGUGGAUGUAGUGGUUUUGGACUCUUCCCAGGGAAACUCAAUCUUCCAGAUCAACAUGAUCAAGUACAUCAAAGAGAAAUACCCCAGUCUCCAAGUUAUUGGAGGCAAUGUGGUCACAGCUGCUCAGGCCAAGAAUCUCAUUGAUGCUGGUGUAGAUGCCCUGCGGGUGGGCAUGGGCAGUGGCUCCAUCUGCAUCACCCAGGAAGUGCUGGCCUGCGGGCGGCCCCAAGCAACAGCAGUAUACAAGGUGUCAGAAUAUGCACGGCGCUUUGGUGUUCCUGUUAUUGCUGAUGGAGGAAUCCAAAAUGUGGGCCACAUCGCUAAAGCCUUGGCCCUUGGGGCCUCCACAGUUAUGAUGGGCUCCCUCCUGGCUGCUACUACUGAGGCCCCUGGCGAGUACUUCUUCUCUGAUGGAAUCCGGCUAAAGAAAUAUCGUGGUAUGGGUUCUCUUGAUGCCAUGGACAAGCAUCUCAGCAGCCAGAACCGAUAUUUCAGUGAAGCUGACAAAAUCAAGGUGGCUCAGGGGGUGUCUGGGGCUGUGCAGGACAAAGGGUCCAUCCACAAAUUUGUCCCCUACCUGAUCGCUGGCAUCCAGCACUCCUGCCAAGACAUUGGUGCCAAGAGUUUGACCCAAGUCCGAGCCAUGAUGUAUUCUGGAGAACUCAAGUUUGAGAAGAGAACAUCCUCAGCUCAGGUGGAAGGUGGUGUCCACAGCCUCCAUUCGUAUGAGAAGAGGCUUUUCUGAAAAGGGAUACGGCAUACCCCCUUGG